UUUCAUCUGUUUUAAUCCAAAGUUUUGUUCUUUUUAAUGUUUAGAUAUGAGUAGAAAAUUAUUCGUGUUGUGGGUAUCUAUGUUUUGAUGGUUUGGAUAAUAUUCUUAGAUUUUUGGUUUGCCAGCGGGGUGUUGAAGUUGUCUUCUGGCUUAGUGAUUAAUGGAAUUUUGGGGGUUGUUUCUUAUGCGUUUAUCUUAGUAGUUUGUUGAGUAUUACUAUCCAUUGAACUGAAUUAGAUUUUGCUAGCUUUUUGGAAUAUGCAGCUAAAUUUAUUGUUCCAAUGGAAGUUUAAUACUCCAUCUUGAGAACUUCUCAUGUUGGCUUAUAUGCCUAUAUAGUAUAUUUUAAGACCCGUGGAAAGUUAUUAUUGAAUUAUUGAUGGGAAAAUGCUAACAACGCCAGCCUAUCCCCUGAAAACACUGCUGCUAGAGGUAUUUUUGGAGUUCAAUAAAGAGUUCAGGAGUACAACCUGCUGAACAGGCUGCCCUAGCACUAAUGGAUCAAAGUGUUGCAAUUGAGGGGAAAGAGGAUAUACGGAAUGGCCUUGAGAUGGUGAAAUCUGCCUCUGAUAAGCAUAUUGAUCUUCUUAGGCCAUCUGCUCGAUACCAUUCAGCGGCUAGAGCAUGUAUUAGUGUUAUCCAAACAGCUGAAGACACUGUGAUAAUGGCAGGGCAAGCCCCAGAUGCUGCAGACCGUGAAAAGGGAAAGUAUACUCUUCUUAGGGAUCCUGAGGACUUCCAAGUUGGGAUCUAUGACAAACCCCUUCCAUGCUUUGGCUGUGGUAUAGGAUGGUUUUCCUUUCUUUUAGGAUUUGUGUUCCCAUUGAUGUGGUACUAUGCCACAAUUCUUUACUUUGGAAAUUAUUACAGAAAAGAUCCUAGGGAGCGAGCUGGCCUCGCUGCUGCUGCCAUUGCUGCGAUGGCAUGUUCUGUUGUGUUAUUGGUCAUAGUAGCUUACCAUGUUCUCUUUUAGCUCAGCAUUUCAUUUGCUAGUGUGCUCUUAACAUGUACGUGUCAAAACAAGACACUUUCAACUGGAAGAAAUUGCCAAUGCAAAUGUAGAUAGGAAGUACUGGUGGAAGAGCACAAAGUAAAUGUUAUUACAAGGCUAUUCUUCAACAAUUGCAGAUACCAACACUUCAUAAGCAUAUACAAAAACUUGGAACUUCUUUCCCUGUGUUUUAUUGUACCAAUGGGCUUGUGGUGUUAGGGAACAUUGUCGAUUAGCUUAAUAUAUACACAAUUAUGUACGAAUUAGGCAUUGAUGCUUGAGGCACUGUUUAUAUGUGAGGAUAUGUCAUGGGUUCAAUCAAAUAGAUUUAUUUGCGGACAUGACUGGAAGCUCUUUAUCUUGAAUGGGAACUUAGUACACUGGUUCUAUUGUGA